AUGUGCUGCCCCACAAAGAAUGCUUCCGUACUCUCCUAGCAGAUCAUCGAUUGGAACUGAUUGAUAUGAAAUACAACUGGCACCAAGUUCAAGAUGUCAACUGCUUUAGCUUAUGAUCAAAUAAUCUAUAUGAGACAAAGGCAUUAUAGAGAAUUCAAGAAGCGAGAACGAAGCCAAAUUACUGGUUCGGGAGCCAUGAAGAGUUCAGGUAAUUGGCAGCGCCACAGGGGUUGGCCGAAACUUGCCGAACUUGGGUGCAAGCAAACUUCGACUAUGGUAGCGGGCGCCUUGCUCUUUGGAUUUCUUGUUACCGCGGGGCUCUUGUGUUCAUGGAACUUCCUCCUCUAUUCCCAAGAAUCACCGCUUGAAGAGACCUACGGAAGAUUCAUAGCGCAGAGGCCAAAGAUUGAUGGCAGGCCUCGAAUCGAUAAAGCAAUUAAGGAUCCGCCAUCUUAUUCAAAAGCACAGCCAAAUUCCACUCUGCAACGUCAUUCAAAAGCACAACCAAAUUCCACUCUGCAACAUCAUUCAAAAGCACAACCAAAUUCCACCCUGCCACAAGAAGCGCCCGCAGAUGGAGGACUGGAUGCUGUACUAGAGAGGGUUUCCAUGGAGAAUAAGACUCUCAUACUCACAGUAAUAAACAAACCAUAUGCAGAAAAUGGCAGCAUGCUUGAUCUGUUCCUCCAGUGUCUCCGAGAAGGUGAAGGCACGCAGGACUUGAUCAAGCAUCUCCUUAUUGCUGCUGUUGACAAUGAAGCCUUCGACAAGUGCCGGCGUGUUCACCGACAUUGUUACAGAAUCACCACUGAGUUGGAUUUUUCCGGUGAACAAUUGUUUGAGGCCAAGAUCUAUAUCAAGAUGAUGUGGAGAAGACUUCAAUUUAUAGCAGACGUCCUCCAACGAGGAUACAACGUCGUGUUUACUGAUACUGAUAUUCUGUGGUUAAGAAACCCUCUUGCACGUCUCAUGAAUACAGAUGAUGACAUGCAGAUAACCUGUGACAAGUAUAAAGGCCAACCAUACAAUAUAUCAAAUAAAAUCAAUGCUGGUUUCUAUUUCGUCCGAUCAAACAAUAGAACGAUUCAACUGUUUGAUUUAUGGUACAAAAGCCAGGGCAUAGGCGUUCAAGAACAGGAUGUGAUUCAGAAACUCCAAGACAAACCUGCUUUCAAGAAACUUGGCUUGAAAUUCAGGUUUCUGGAUACAGUUUACUUUGGAGGGUUCUGUCAUAUGAGGAGGAACAUAAAGGAGGCUAACACAAUGCAUGCAAACUGUUGUAGGACAAUGAGGAAAAAGUUGGCAGAUUUAAGGGCCGUUUUUCAAGCUUUUAAGAACUUCACGUCUACUGAUGGUAGCAGCUCUGCAAGCGGAUGGCCGUAUCCUAAGACUUGUUGGCCUUCGAGAGACAAAUCGAAGCAGAAGAAGAAUGACGGAAAAAGAUCAUGAAGUAACUUCCUUUAAUUUAGAAGGACCUACACCCACAAAGAAGGAAAGAAAAACCUGAUUUGCUCAAUGACAAUUUUUAGUGCCCUUUAAUUAUCAAUGUCUAUUCUUUUAUGCGUUGCAGGUUCCUGUUGUGAACUUUGAUUUCAGACUACAAAAUUUCAUAUGCAACAUGUAUUUGUCUAUCUCCUACAUAUUUGGUGCCAUGUUGUUCAUAAGUACUUCAAUUAUACUUG